AUGCUCAAUGUGCGUGUGCCCCUGAGGUGCGCAGCGCGCCGGCACCCGGAGAAGCGCACGGGUCUGGCCUCUGAGCGUGGCGGGCUCCUGCUGGCUACCUCACGCCCCAGGCGGCGGCGGGCCGCGAGCGAGGCCGUGCCGCAAGCCCCCACGGGCGCCUCGGCGUCCUGUGGUCCGGCUGCCGCCUCCUGCUUCUCUACCUCGUCGGGAUCGCUGCCCGACGACAGCGGCAGCACGAGCGACCUCAUCCGCGCCUACCGCGCACAGAAGGAGCGCGACUUUGAGGACCCCUACAACGGGCCCGGCUCUUCGCUGCGCAAACUGCGCGCCAUGUGCCGCCUGGACUACUGCGGCGGCGGCGGGGAGCCGGACGGGGGCCAGCGCGCCUUCUCAGCCUCGUCCGCGUCGGGCGCCGCAGGCUGCUGCUGUGCCUCCUCCGGCGCAGGCGCCGCCGCGUCCUCGUCCUCGUCCUCCGGCUCCCCGCACCUCUACCGCAGCAGCAGCGAGCGGCGGCCAGCCACCCCGGCCGAGGUGCGUUACAUUUCGCCUAAGCACCGCCUCAUCAAGGUGGAGAGCGCCGCGGGCGGUGCCGGAGACCUCCCGGGGGGUGCCUGUUCCGGCGGCCGCACCUGGAGCCCGACGGCCUGCGGUGGCAAGAAACUGCUCAACAAGUGUGCCUCCUCGGCCGCAGAGGAGAGUGGGGCCAGCAAAAAGGACAAGGUGACCAUCGCUGAUGACUAUUCUGAUCCCUUCGAUGCUAAAAAUGAUCUCAAGAACAAAGCAGGAAAGGGAGAGAGUGCUGGCUACAUGGAGCCCUAUGAAGCCCAGAGGAUCAUGACAGAAUUUCAGAGGCAAGAAAGUGUACGGUCCCAGCACAAAGGCAUCCAGUUAUACGACACCCCUUAUGAACCCGAGGGCCAAAGCGUCGACUCAGACUCAGAGAGCACGGUCAGCCCCCGACUACGGGAGAGCAAGCUGCCCCAGGAUGACGACAGGCCCGCCGACGAGUACGACCAGCCGUGGGAGUGGAACCGGGUCACCAUCCCAGCUCUGGCAGCUCAGUUUAACGGCAACGAGAAACGGCAAUCAUCCCCUUCGCCUUCCCGGGACCGGCGGCGCCAGCUUCGAGCUCCUGGAGGGGGCUUCAAGCCCAUCAAGCAUGGGAGCCCUGAGUUUUGUGGAAUCUUGGGCGAAAGAGUGGAUCCUACUGUCCCCUUGGAAAAGCAAAUCUGGUAUCAUGGAGCCAUUAGCAGAGGAGAUGCCGAGAACCUUCUGCGGCUCUGCAAAGAGUGCAGCUACCUUGUCCGGAACAGCCAGACCAGCAAGCACGACUAUUCCCUCUCCCUGAAGAGCAACCAGGGCUUUAUGCACAUGAAACUGGCCAAAACCAAAGAGAAGUACGUUCUGGGUCAGAACAGCCCCCCGUUCGACAGUGUCCCAGAAGUCAUCCACUACUAUACCACCAGAAAGUUGCCCAUCAAAGGGGCUGAGCACUUGUCUCUCCUCUACCCAGUGGCUGUGCGGACCCUCUGAGCAGGCAAGCCCCACCCUGCUCUGUGACAGGGAUCAGACUUGGAGGAGCCAGAGGCCCCUCGCCCACCAGCCCGGCCACUGUUGCAGGCCGGGUCCAGUUUGUGUCAUGUGUAUGGUACUAGCACACCACUGCAUGUCUCUAGAAUGCUGUCGCCACUUAACGGGGGGCUGGAGAAAGCCUGGAUAAAGACUGAAGGACAGCCAACACGCCACCCCAGCCCCCAGCCCCACCCCCUACUUGAGUUUCUGUGAAUUAAAAUAUUUGCAAAUCCAAAGAGAAGCCUUCCAGGAUGAACAAAGGAGAGCAGCUCCGGAGGGGCGAGGGGCGGAGCGGGAGCGCCCUGGGUUGCAGCUCUUUGUUCUCCAGCUGUCACGAAUUCACACCUGUGGGGGUGGGGUGAGGGCGCUGCAGUUUUCCCACCAGGGCCCCCGCUGGUGCUGGGAGACAAAUGGGGGUGCUCUGAGAGCCCAGAAGGCCCCAGGAGUUCAGCUUUCCCUCUGGUGCACAUGUAUGUGUGAAUGCGAGCACUUACAUGAGAGAACACGGUCCCACACGGAUGUGAGUAAGCCCACUAACCCACUGUUAGUCACUCAGUGUAAUCAUUAGGAGACCUUUAAGGAAUCAUUGUGCAGUCACAAAGAGGAUUCAACUAUUUAUGAAUAGGGAGUGUAAAUAAAAUAGUCAUUUAAUAUA